AUGGGUGCGCAGGCGUCCCGCGAUGCCGGCGCCGCCGCCGCCGACGCGCCGAGUCCUCCGGACCCUCAGGACGAGCGGCUGGCGGCGCGCGCGUGGCGCACGGGCGUGCCGUUCACGCUGCUGCACGACGAGGGCUUCGUGGUGGAGAAGUACCAGGAGCUGCUGGCGGCUUCAAGCGCGCCGCCGACGUCCAAACUGGGCGGCGGCAAGGUAUUGGAGGGGGCGCAGACGACGGUCUCCGGGCUGGAUGAGGCGCCCAUGGAUGAGCUUCAGCACGCGACGGACAUGGCGCGCAUCAAGCUCUUUGCACGCACGAAGAGGGACGAGGGUGCCGCUGGGGACCAGACCGGGUCCAGACCGGGCUCUCCGUCGGCUUCAGCCCUUGCGACGUCCUCGCUGACGUCGUCUGCAGCCAAGGAGAACCCGCCCAGUGCUCUAGCCAGGAUGGUGGGGAACACGUUGUCCAGAGAGUCGCCGGAGAGCGUCGAGAGCGAGAAACUUCGAGCCCAGCGCGACGAGCUGCUGCAAGUUUACUUCCAGCAGAUCGCAGCGAGGAUGAAGCAGAAGCAGAUGGCUUCAGAGGAGAAAACUACGAAAGAAGAAGAUCUGAGAGCAGCUGAGGAGACCAAGGAGACUGCAAGUGUGAUGUCGUCCCCAGGGCUGCUGCCCGUGGCCGCUGAAGGACAGAAGAUCUCGCAGGAUGUGACGGUGGCCAGUGUUUUCUCGGUCGGAUCGCUGCGCUUGCAGCUGGAGAUGCUGCGCGAAUUCCGCGGGUUCAGCCCUCGACUGUUCGAGACUGGGGUCAUGGCGCUCGUGCAGACUUUGUUGGACAGCCCUCCAUUUGCACUACGUGAUAUUGGUGCGCAUACCCCCGAGGACGCCAUUUUGAACGAUUUGCACAGAUUUUGCCGGGAUAUCUUGCAGGGACAGCAAGGGCUUACUGAUGUCCACCGUCAGGUUACUCUCCUUCUGCUGCUAGCGCUUGGAGUGAGCAGCGGACGCGUCAGCUUGCUGCUUGAAUUCGUCGCGGAGUUGCUCGCCAUGCCACGUGAAACAGCGGCGAGUACAUUGCCUGUGCAAGGGUAUCCAUUUUCAGCAUGGGUCAAAGUCUUCAUGGUGCGAAUGCAGUCAUACCGCAUUGAUUUUGCGUUAGGAACGUUCGAGGACAUCACGUUUGUGAAAAAGGUUGCAGUAAAGGCGCUCCCGGGUGACGUGGACCCUGCAGCCAACGGAGAUGUUGAGAAUGAUUCACCGGUUUUGAACUCCAGUUUGUCAUCGACUUCCUUGGCCACAGAUGGAAGCUAUGCAUACACGUGGAGUUUGGCGAAAGGGCUUGCAAAAAUCGGAACGGGACUCAAUUUUACUAUUGCUGGACGAGUAUAUGGUGAAUUUCCAGCAAGCGUUUAUAUGGGAGUUCUUGAGGAGAAGCGAACCGUACGAAAGUUGGUGUAUGGCUUUGGAGAGCAAGUCACGGAUGUGUCUGAAGUUGCAAGGGAGGAAAUGGUGAGGGUUCUUACCACCACGAGUUCGUUGGAUAGGACGGUCCAAGACAUAUUUGGUGCUUCUGACCUAGCUGAAUCUUUCACUGCGCGUAAAUUGCUAGUCUCGUACAGCGUUGGCAAGCACCAGGACGUUUGCAUUCUUGAAAAUGGGGAUAUAUUUGCUCUCCCAUCUCUUCCUUCAGACAGUGGAGACGGCAAUGUAAGGAUCUGUCGCGCGUGGUACGGUGACUUGGAUGUCUUGAGCAACGAAGCGCUGUUAGAAUUCCUUAAGCGACUGGAGCAGAAGAAAACCACUUCGGUUGAUGAUAGUGGCGAAAUGGUUAUCGUGCUUACCCACGAUCUCCUCGAGCAGCUUCUAACAUUGUCUGACAUCUCCCCAGAAAAGAUUACAGAGUCCAAGAAACUGAUGGUGAUUUUUGCAGCUAGCAAUGAUUCUGACUCGGUGGGGGCGCAACUCCUUCAUGAAGGCGAUCGCUUUGUCGACGCUGAGGAAAGGGCCCGUGAUGUCUACAUGUCAAGUCUUCUUUACUGCGGUGGCUCGUUGUACCUGAACGUGAUGUAUCCAGAGAUCGAUGUAAGUGGAAUGCUGGUUCGGGAAACGACUCGCCGAUGCCGGCAACUGCUUCGUAUAUGUCCUAAAGAUCUAGCACUUCUAGAAAUCCUGCGAGUGCAAGAUGCGCCAUCACCUUCCGUUGCACAAGUGAGGUUGUCAGUGCCUUUUUACGCCUACGUCACUGAAGGAAGAUUCAUCUACGAAGUUAAUAUGGGGCUUGGUGAUAUUGGAGUUUCAGUUAUCACCCCGAAAACUGUUUCGAGCGGAGGAAAGGAGCUUGUGGUCACACGUCAAUUUGUCUUGGACGAAAAGGCAAUCCAGUGCUGUGAUUUUUUGUUAUGCCUGGCAAAAAUCCGCAGCAUGGCGAUGAGCAAUGAAGGCAAGCUGGAUGUAGAUCUACCCUGCUUUUAUACGAAUGGUGCUUCGCUGGGGGUGGUCGUUGUAGAUCCAAACGCCGAAGCAGACUCAUCGUCGAAGAAUCGUGUUCAUUGCGUGAUGUUUGAUUGCGAAAGUGGUCAGAGCAAGAAGCAGCAAGAAAGCGGGGGAUGUUCGGGAUGUUCAGAGCGCUCCCUUCCUCCUGCGUCGGUGUGUUUCGAUGCAAGAAAUAAUUUGCUGUGGCUAUUCGACGAGGAAAAGAAAGUUCUUCGAUCGUACAAAAACUCUGGGAAGCGGAUACCUUUGGACGAGAACUCUAUCCCUCCCGACGUUGGUACCAUUACUGCAGUAGAAAGUGGUGAAGACGUGGUGGACGUCGAAACAACAACGCUUACGCUGCUGGGCUUCCUGUACAAAAACGCAAUCGCAAGUGAUGCAGCUGAUGAGAUGUUUGGUCAAGGUACUAGUUCUCGAACAAGGAUACCAUUCGCCAUUGACGUACAGGUCGAGACGUUUAAGUUCUUGUUGGUCUUCACGUCGAAGUAUGUUGAAGCAUUCAAGAAGAACCAAGUUUCGAUCGUUCAAGCCUACAUUCUGCAAGCAUGCCUUGGGAUUCUAAACAAGAAUCUAGAGAGCUUGCUCCUGCACGCGGACUGUCGUCGCAAGCGCGAUUCAACUGAGCUGUUGAUGUCAGGUUUGCCAGCCCCUCUUGACAAGCUUCUUGAAUUUUCCAGUGAGGAUCACAGUCAAAUACAAGUGGCAUCUGUCGCCCUGGAUCUGUACACGACGUCCAUUCGUAUUUUCCACUCGGAUGUUAGCAAACAGUUUUCGCACGUUCUUAAGUAUUUGGAGCUGUGGCAGCAAUCAAAAGCGACGAGAAUGGAGCUGAAGAUAUUGGCUCGCCUUCUUGCACAUUUGUGCACUCGUGUGGAUGCUAUCUACCAGUCGAUGGUAGCGUCUGACGCUGCGGUGGCGAAAUUCUUGAAGCUGGUUGAUUAUGCAGUGGCAAUGCAGCAGCAGCAACUUCAAGCUGAUUGUACCCAGUCAGAGGGUGCGUCUGAAGAAAUCAAGGCGGCCGUUCUUCUGCAUAGUAACGAAAGUUCCUUCGAGUUGAUUUCACUCGUGAAUGCAAUAACGCAAGCGUCAUUCGUGGCUCUCACUUGCGCCGAUGGUAUAAGCAAUCGGAGAGCGUUUGAUGUUGCGAUAGUGAUAUUCGAUGCAAUUCGCGAUGCUUGCUCUGACAUUUUCUCCAGCUUAGCACCCCAGACAAAGCAGCAAGGCUGUCAAGCUCAAUGGACUCGAAUGGAAAACGUGCUCAAGGAUGGGUUUGUUGGGGUAUUGGCGCCUGUCGUACUUUCGUCGGGAAUCAUGUUUUUGCGAAAUCACAAGAACAUUGCAUCGCUGGUUUCAGAUCAGGAUGGGGGUGAAUAUAAACCUUUUGGGCACGGUGAAAGCCUGCGAGGUGGUGACGCUACUUCAUUCGUGUCAUCACGCUUGUUUAAACUCCUUAAGGAUAACUCAUCCAAAAUGUUGAAGUUCAUGGCGAGCUUGGACGCUCUCGUGUCUUUGAUUGAACCAACCAAGAGAGAGCACACUGUGGAAAAUAUCUCAAUGGCUGUGAAAACUGAAACGAUGGAGUCGUCUCACGAGUAUGAAAACAACAUGGACGCACUUACCGAACUUCAGGUCCCUGGGGCUAGUCGUAUGGUGAUCACGUUUGACCCGAGAUCGCGAACAGAAGUCAAUUAUGAUUACCUGACUUUCUACAAGGACAAAAGUCAGGGGGAAUACUACGGAAGCCAGUUUUACUCCGGACGUGACUCAGAGCACAAUUGGCCUGGAGUCGGUGAUAACCCUCCAUUGGUUAUCGAAAGUGACCACUGUUUUGUCUACUUCCACUCCGACGGCUCGAAUACAGAUUGGGGUUACAAGUUCACGGUGACAGCCGAGAUUCUAGAAAAGAAGAAGAGCUUGCAGCAGCACUGGAUUGUUUUCUUGAUGGAGAGUGUAGUUCAACUCUUGGAUGAGAGCAUGAAACUUCUAGUGGACGGAAGUGCAUUUGCACCAAUUGGAGACAUGGAGAUACAGAACGAGCGGUUUCUGCAGAGCGAUCUGCUAAAAAGUGGUGUGUGCACCGAAGUCAACAAAAAUGCAGAAGUGCUGCAGCUGUUACAAGACUUUGUGGAUCCGUCAGAAUCCUCAGGUGCAGAGAAGGUGAUUAAUGCCCUUCAAGAAAGGUCAGGUGCGGCCCGGCCAGCUCUAGCCUUAGCACGAUCAACAUCAUUUGAUCAGAUUACAAGUUCCGGCCCAAACAAAUCAGUGAACAGAGCGGUUCGAGCUGUGGCAGCGGCUAUCUUGCAUCACAAUAUGUGGGGAAUGGAUGCGUACGCAUUCACACAAAACUUGCGCGAUGAUAUAUCCGAGCAGCUUCUUCGAGGCUGGAAGAAUGCGCAGAAGAUGCGAGAUUGGUUUCACCUUGGCGACGCUGCAGAUGCUGGCAUCCAUGGGCAAAUGAUGCCCAACCGACGACGCUCUGGGCGACUUCGACGACAGCCAUCCGCUUACAAGGGGCUCUCCGAGGAAUCACUCGCGAUUUUGUGCGAUAAUGUCAUUGAACGCGCUAGAUUCUUGCUGGAAAUAACUCCCGUCUCAUUUGCGUACGUUACCGGUGCAAAACGCAGAUGGGGGCUCUUGGCAAAGUACGGACAUGCGAUUGGAAAGCAGAGUUCUUCCGAUACCCAACUGGACAAAUGGUACAAUUUAUUGGACGAGCUGCAAGCUGCAACUGAACUACGAAGCCUUUUCCAGUACCGGAGAUCGUCUAGUGAGCGUCUCAAACAUGGACAAGUGAAAUCGGUCACUGAGCAAGUUCUUGAGUUUAUUCAGAGUGAUGUGGAUGUAGCAGAAGUGCGAAAAGUGAUCGAAAUCCGAAACCAGAGAGCAGCGAGCCGGGCACUAGGCAUGGAAGUGUUUAUCCAGUCACUCCAAGAUUGCCCGAGUCCACGCUUGAGAGGGAUUUUGCUCGAGUCGUUCACGUCUACGCUGAAGUGCUUCGCCGUUGCCAAUUCUCCCACCAAUGUGCCUGGCUCGGUUACGAUGAGCUCAGCAAUGGCGUUGGACUCUUUUCCACGAUUGCACUUCGAUACGUUAUUGCCUGGAUGCGAUGAGUUACUACGACAACGAAUUGCGGAGGCUUUCAGCAAUUGUCUUGCUCUUUUCGCCAAGCAGCUCGCUUCAAUUGAGGAUGAUGGUACAAAUUCUGGGUUGGUAACUGCUGUCUUACGAUGCUGUGCGCUUGACUAUGACCUAGAGGAUUCAUACUUGCUUCAAGAAAGUCGGAUUUUGCCGCAAAUUUUGCGUCUCCUCUCGUCAAGUUCGGUUCCGAUCCGAAACGCUGCCCAAUCGCUGUUGGGCGUUCUUCUUUCUCGUUUCAUAGCAGGACGAGUUGAGUCGAGCCCAGAUGAAGUGGCUGGUAAUGAUGAUGCACACACUUCUACGGAUGUCCACGAUGUGUCCGCAUUCCAACGGCAAUUAUUCUCAGCAGUUGGCCACCAGCUUGAUGGAAUUGUGUCAGCUAUCAAAUCUUCACUAAGCUCGGGUCACGACGGGUCAGCGAAGUCAUCUCCUCAGUAUCUUCCCGAAAACUCCCCUGGUUUUACAGCGCCGUGCCUUCAAAGCAAUGCCGUGAGUUGGAACCACUCGCUUAUGCUGUGGGUUUAUUGUCCAAGCAAGGGACCGCUGUAUGCCCUCAAACUGGGAGAUGAAGUUCGCAGGGGGCCAAGCUGGAGCGGAAAUGAUUCCGAAGACAGUGGUUCCGACAUUGGGACCAUCAUCAGCAUUCCUGCUCCAACGAAAGUUCAAGUUCGAUGGAACUCAUCCGGGCUCACCUCUCAAUGCAAAUUUGACCCAAAGAACGGUAUUUUUGAUGUGGUUUUAGUGGAUGAAGGCAUGGGCGGCGCAAUCUUUUUCAAGGGCAACAAAAAUAUGAUUAAAGACACAGCUGCGGCAAAGCCAUGGAGUCAUUUCGGUCUGUUUUUGACAGAUUCACGGAUGCUCGUGUACAAAAUUGCCUGUGGAUCCGACAAGGAAAGCGAAUUUGAGACCGAUUACGAACUCGACGCUGAUCAGUGGUCUCAUGUUGCUAUCGUGCAGGACGAGGAUAUCCUGAAGAUUUUUGUGAAUGGUUCAAUGGUUUCGCAGCAUCUCCUCGAGUCAUUCCUAGUGAUGAAUGGGAAUGUGAAUCCAGCUGAAUCUGCUAUUAUAGAGUCUGCACACCCGCUUGAAGACUCGAUCGAUGAAUACUGCCCAGUUCAUAUUCCCGGCGCUGUCAAGAUUCGGUUGACUUUUGAUCCUUUGUGUGACAUUGACGGAUCUACAGGGUUUGUUCGUUUUUACAAAGAUGCAAAGUGUGUGGAAUAUUGGGGCGAAGACAAGUAUACUGGCAAGUAUAGUGACCCGGAACGAAAUUUUCCUGGAGCUCAGAGCAAUCGUGCUCGAACCCUUCAGCAGUCAGAUGCUCCCGAUGUAGACUUUAAUGUCCUUGAAAUUCCGUCCGAUCGGUUUUUGGUAUAUUUUCAUAAUGAGGGCAGCUCGAACAGCUGGGGUUUCCGGAUUUUGGCGUCACCGGAAUUUGCUACGUCCGAUGAAGAGACAAUGAGUCCUGUAUCGCACUUGAACCCGUAUCCAUUCUACUUUGGAGAGGCUCCAGGUCGCGUCCUAGAUGAGCCUGCGGCAAAAUGCUGGAUUUAUCAACCAAAGGUGCUCAGCUAUCCUAUUUCGGAAAGUGACUUGACAUCCGAGAUCCAGACAAGCUUUCCAUCUGCAGACGUCGUGGCGAACUGUGUCCCAGCGGAGCGAACUUUACACAUACUCGGAUUGAUCCGAACGUGCGCGGAAACCUCGUUCGGGCGGAGUCUUAUUGGUAUUCCAGAAAAUCUUCGAAAUCUGAUGUUUUUGUCCUUCGACGACCGUGUGCCCGUAGAGAUCCGAGUCGGAGGUAUCCGGGUACUGAAAGACCUCGCUGGUAUGUUGAGCGCAGACGUAAUGGAUGCUCAACUUACGCAAGCUCUUCCAGGUGAGACGGGUGGAUUCAUAAACUUUGUCUUCAAGAGUCUGGGCCAAGGACUCAACGUUUGGAGCUCAUACGAAGUAGACAAACCUGUUGAAGUAGGGGCGAGUGCGCAAGAAGACGAGGAUGAAAGUGUUUUGAAGCUACGAACCUCAGCGCAGGGGGAGGCCAGUUUAGUGUCAGCGUAUGUAUCGCUGCUUCGAAGUGCCGCAGCGUGCACCUGCUGGGACGAGCAGGUCUUCGAGUUGGUGAUGGCUGGAAUACGAUCUGUUGGAGCACGUGGAAACACAAUAUCAGAGCAAGCGAUGAGUCAAGUACUAGCAUCGCUUGCGUUACUUGGUGGGAACUACGGAGGCGCUUAUAUCGGAGGUAGAGUAAGCUGCUGCGUGAAUGUUGACGGCAAGGAGAUGAUUGAAACAGGGUAUUUGGUUCAGUUCCGCAUGAAGAAUGGAGUUCAGUUCGCGCGCGUCAUUUUUGACUGCGAUCAGUCGAGCACCGUUGAUGUACCAUUGACCGACGUUGCUCACUUCGAUGACAUCGAGACAUCCGAGCUUUCCUCUUUUGUAAAACGAAUGGUUCCCUUUGCAUCAGAGCUGAAAGAUUCCUUUCAAAGCGUUCUUGCUCUGAGUGAUGACGCAUCGCAGUCCACCGGACCGUACCAACCCAAAAUAACGAAGAAGGAGAAUGUUGAAGUGCUUGAAAGCGAGCAUCCCUACGCUGCUGGCGAAGAUGUAACGUACUCACUCAAUUUCCGUGGGGCCAGCGAAAUUAUCGUGCGGUUCGAUCAAAUGUCAAGUACAGCUGGACCAAACGAUUACAUUCAGUUCAAAAAGCGGGAAGGGGAGAAAAAAGAAAGCGCUGGGGACGAUGACGCUUAUUGGGGCGAAGAAAAAUACUACGGGGAUGCUUUUCCGGGAGUGGGAGCAACACCUCCACUUCACAUUCCAGCUGGGUGUGUUGAUGUUCACUUUUGCACUGAGGGCUCGUCUAAUGGACUUUCAGACUGGGGUUUUAAGCUCACUGCGCACGCUUUUGAAGAGGCUCUGAUUUACCCUCCGGAAAUCCCACCACCAGUCCUGACGAGUGCAUUGACCGAUAUUCGGGCGAGGUGCAUCAAGUCUCUCGGGCAAAUUCUGCGGUCGCAAAAGCCGGCAGACAUCGUGCCUACCUUUGUUGGUCUCUUGCCUUCAUUAACGAAGAUCGCGAAUGACCCCUGCGAUGGUCGCCCAAUUCAAUCCUCGCCGAAGUCACAGGUAUUUGAAUCGAAGCAUCCAUAUGCAAACUCGGUGAUGGAGUACAUGAAAGUGACAUUCAGUGGUGCGUCUACACUGACGAUAACAUUUGAUCCUCAGUCUCGAACCGAACACGGAUGUGACUAUCUGUGUUUCUUUAAGGACAAGUCACUCACGGAUCGAUGGGGCGCCUACCAAUAUUGUGGAGUAGGCAGCGAUGCUAACUGGCCUGGUGUCGAAGACAGACCUCCUCUUGUCAUUCCUGCUGACUCGUUUACUUUGUUAUGGAGCACGGAUGGCUCAAAUGUCGACUGGGGCUGGAAAUUCAAUGUUACGGCGGAGUUUUUACCUGAGUUUCCUCUCGAUAAAAGUUUGAAGCAGCUUGACGCUCGGUCGUACAGACUGUAUGAGACGUUGUAUGAGAAAACGAAUCACCAGCGGAUCCCGCUUAAGAGCGAAUUCGAAGAGUUUGCCGACAAUGGUGAGCCAUGCCAGGAAAAGCAGACCCCGGAUCUACUGCGGCAGCUGCUUUCACCGUCUAGAUCGCAAGAUACAACUCGUGUGACUACGAGAAGCAGCUCAUUCCUAAGAAAGUUGCUACAGUUUCGGGUUACUGACGAAGAUGGACUCAAGAUCUAUCAGGAAAAGGAUUGUGAAUCGCCUGUUCUAGCUGAGCUUGAGAACGGGACGGAAUUUUGCGCGGAGACCUGCCCGAAUGGAUGGCUCCGAGUUACAUCCCAAGAUGUUACUCGGCUUGUUGGAGUAGAUUGCGGUUGGGUGUGGCAGCGAACAGGAGAUUGCGUGUAUGCCAGCCCCUCGACAGCUUGCGCGAACGGAGAAGAUCUAUUAACGCUGGGAGUGGAUGACCUUAACUUUGAAACCAGACACUCGGUAUUGGAAAUGGACGAGAGCAAUGAGGAAGAAAAGUCCCUGACAGGCCUAUGCUCUCCAUUCGUAUUCGACGAGUUCAAGGGGCAGACAGACCGAUUCCAGAGCUUAGCGUACGAUACGCAUCGCGCUUUGGCGACAAAAGCAGCACGAGACGCAAUUCUGACAUUCCUGUCCUGCGAUUCAAAGCAAGCCCCAGUACCACUUGGGGCACUUGGAAACCCCGAAGAUUUUCUGCUGCUUUUGUCUCACUUCUUCUUAGGAAACGAUUUUGAGGAUCAGCCGGGUAUUCUUCUUGCCCUACGGAAGCGGUUAAAGCACAUGGUGUUGAGUGGCGAUGAUGAUUCGGUUAUUUCAUCUGUCAUUUCUCGAUGCCUCAGAAUUCUUUCGAGUGGUCCUGAAACGCUUCCCAAAGGUCGUGGGGCUGUCCGGAUUUUGGAAAGUACGCACCCGUAUCGAGAUAAUGCGGAACAAUACUGGGAUAUAUCGAUUCCGGGGGCUCGAAAAAUUAAGGUCGUUUUCGAUCGGCGAUGCAAAAGUGAGGCUGGGUGUGACUGGCUACGGUUUUACAAGGCUGGAUCAAACCGAACGGAAACAAUUGGCCCUGACCAAAUUGGCGGAAGAGGGGAUAAUGAGAACUGGCCAGGUACUGGCGGGCGCCCUCCGCUUUACAUCGACGCUGACUCGUUUGAAGUGUAUUUCCACUCUGAUUCGAGUAACAACGAUUGGGGCUUCAAACUGUACGCUACUGGUAUAUUCCAGGAAGACGAAAUACAACCAGAAAAGAAAGGCGACGACACUGGAACGCUGAUCAAACUGCUUUCUAUGGCCUGCUGGAUUUUAGAAGUACUAAGCGCAAUCCCGGAUGCUAGCUUUCAGGAGAGUCCAAGCGCUUUUAAGACGCUGUUUUCAUCUGAGACUCUUCAAACGCUGAUGGCAAAUCUCGAUGACUCACCUCAAUGCAUCAAGACUUGGGUGCUUCAAAUUCUCAGUAAUAUGUCGCAAAGCCCAGCUUUCCAUGGAAUUCCAUCGGUCCUCAUUGAACAAGUGCGGGACUUGCUGCACGUGAAGAUGCGUGCCAAGUAUCUGGCAGAAGACCGUGCGGAGAUGAAGUCGUCCUAUCUGCAAACUCUGAUUCAGUGUGCUGUUGCAGUCGAUCUAUCGAUCGAUAGCUACUGCUUCAAAGAAUUUGGUAGCACUGGCUGCAUGGAAGCUCCUUUACUCGUGCCGUACCAAUCUGAUUCGGGGGACGUCAGUACCUUCGUGAGUUGUGCAAGUACAUCAACUUCGGGAUGCCACCAAUUUCAGUUGGUGUUUAAUAGGUUGGUGUCAGCAGUGAGUUUUGGGAUUGUGGAUGGAGCAUCCGUCGGUACUUCAAGAACUUCGACCAUGUUAGUGCAAUGGAAAGACAGUGGGGAAAUCAUGCUCGGAUCCACUGAUGACAAUACCUUUGCCGAAAUUCCAGGAUAUAAAAAUCGCAUUCGAGAAGGAGACACAGUCACUGUUCAACUGGAUGCACCGCGACAGACUAUAGUUUUCCGAAAGAACGGUGCGGUAUCAGCCGUAGUCGCAGGUCCAGCGGGUUCUGGGGCUUUGGUUGUAUGGGAGGCUCUCCCCCGUUCGCUGUUGGAAAGCAGUGAUGUGCGAUUGAUGGUCUCAAACUCAAGUUCCGAGAACAGGAUCGAAUUUGUCUAUCGAAGGUGUUCUCCGAUCGCCCUUAUACCACAAAAUGUCGUACCGAAAUGGUACGGCAAAGUUAUUGACGCCGUGGGCAUGAUGGUGGAUUUCCACAAUAACUUGUCUUCAGCGAUUAUUGCAAGGGAAAGCCACCAUCCAUUGCCAUCGUCGGCAGCCCUAUCCCGAUCAAAUCGGGAAAAUAUUGAGAUCGAUGGCGCUGUGGCAUUGGAGGUUCGAUUUGACCACCGAACCAAGCUUCACAAAGGCGACGAAAUCCGGUUCUUAUAUGAAAAAGCUGCUGACGCAUCAUCAGUCGGAGAAGAACAGUCUGUUGUGCUUUCAGGCAUCAAUGGCGAAGUCGACAAAAACGGAAAUCUGCAUCUAUUCGCUCCUGAGAGCGCGAACAAGGUGAUCCAUUCGGUGUCUGUCGGAGACUUGGUAGUAAGGUCUCCCGAUUGGGAAUACAGCGAUGAAGAUGGUGGAGCUGGAAGCGUGGGCAUCGUACAAGAGGUCACUGCUUGGGAGUCGCAUGGAGGAAAAGGUUUGCGCGUCCGAUGGCAGGAGAACGGUUUUGAACGCGUGUAUCGAUAUGGAUUCAAUGGCCGCUACGACGUGCAGAAUGUGGAGAAUACGAGGUUCCACAAUGGGCCACUUAUUAUAAGAGGGAGCUCUUUCGUGUACGAGUUUGUACCGAGCAAGCCGCAGGCUACUACUAGCUUCGAUCUGAGUGCUGCAAUCCCCGAGUUUGGAGGAAGCUUGGAGCUAGAUGGAUCAGUUCGGCUGGAUCUAAAACUCUCCGAGGAUAGUGGAUCCUCACUCUCGAAAAGUGAUUGUUCUAUCGAAUUCUGGACGUGCAUUGCGAAAAACGCAUUUGAUACGGUGGACGAGCGCACCAAACACGCAUCCUUCAUGGAAAUUUUCCGAAUAAGUGGUGCGCAGGGACGAAUUAUUUUGCUAUGCGACCAAUUUUGCAAGUGCAAACUAUUGUUUCAAGCCGUAGAUGCAAGCGGCAAGCUGGUGGAGCCCCAACCGUGUCAUGCAAAUGUCGAAAGCGACAACGGAAGCUCUUGUAACAUGGAGUUUGGUCAGUGGGCUCACUUGGCCCUGGUAUUUUCUGGGUCGAAGAUCUCAGUGAUUAAGAACGGCGACACCAUCUACUCGUGUAGAUGCACAGGGUCCGAUAGAUUGGUGCUGGGAUCGAAUUCAGCGGUAGUAUUUGGAGACUUGUGUAACGCGAACAACGCAUCAGCUGACAGUGGUGAUACCGACCGUGAUGUGUCAAGUUUGGCGUUUUGCGGUCAUCUCUACGAUAUCCGGCUGUGGGAUGUCGCGUUCCGAGUAGAGCAGCUCCGCAGUCAUUUCCGAGGCUUGGACAGCGUCGAUGUGGUACCCAAGGUCAGCAGUCGACCAGGAACUCCCACUUCUGCUACAGGAAAGCCUCAGUCUCCGUCUAUGACGUAUCUCACGUCACCGCGGUCACCACGAGCUUCAUUGCGCCCUGUUGCAGUACUUCAACAUCUGCGAAAAUGGGUUACCACAAAUCGAACCUCCAAGGAUAUUUCCACUGUGCGGCUAAAUUGCAGUGUGAAGGUGUCCACAUCACCAAAUGGCGAUGCGUCCAGUUAUACCGUAUACUAUGAGGCGCAUGUGUUAUCCAGUGGCAAAAUGUGUGUUGGGUGGAUUUUGGACGGCGUAGAUAUGCAAAGCCGAACAACGAUGAUUGGAGAAGAGCGCGACUCGUUUGGCAUUGACAUAGCGAAGAAGCAGGCAAAUCUCUCGACUCGCGCGAGCGACCUUGCACCGUUUACAUGGGAUGAACCUAGUGGAUGCAGUAGUCCACGUCGAUCUAUCGGAGCCAACUCGUUUGCGAAUGAUGUUUUCUGUCGCAAUGGCGAUGUAAUCGGCUGCGCCCUUAACGUAAGAACGGGCAAGCUUACGUUUUACGUCAACGGUGGAAUGGUCGCGGAAUGCGUCGCGCCAAGCAUCGAUGAGUGCGCAGCUUCUUUACUAAGCAACAGCAAGGACCACGAAUUUGACGCUCUGGUGAGUGAGAUUGUUACUGACGAGAAGCCGUCACUAUCGUCUGCAUCAAACGAUGGAGCUACUGUAGAUUCCACGGGCACAGAAGCGAAGUUGUAUCCUGCAGCAAGCCUAAGUCCUCAGGGAGCGCAAGGUCUGGCAUGGAAUUUCGGUCAGCGCCCAUUCAAGUUUGAGCCUGAACUCGAGAAUCGCGAAGUUAUGUCGCUCCUUCAGGCUUCCGCUUGUACCGAAGAGGAUGCGCACUUUGAAGUCUACGACCACGAUGAGCGGCGAUGGGAUCGAGUAGUCUACCGCCACAAGGUUCAAGAUAUUAGUCCUCGACUUGUCGGAUGGUGGAAACUUAAUGAAGGGAUGGGUGUCACUGUCGAUGAUGCAAGUGGAAACGGACAGCAAGGCAGUCUCAUUCCAAGCAGCAGCUCUGACAGUGCGACCAAAAAAUCAAGUUUUGCCCGGAGUCUUGGCGAUGGAGGAGAGAAUGCGUGUUGGAACGAGCUAUGUGCCCCGCCAGCCGUCGCUCGUAGACGAACAGGAGAUGGUAGUGCGAUGUCGCCGUUUUUCCCGUUUGGGUUGAGCAGCGAGGCUUCAAGCAAGCCUGAAUCAUUCUGGGGGUACAAAUUUUACGUGAUCCCGCACUUUUCGGAAGAGACUGUCGGUCGGCGUCGUUUCCAGUCACCUUCGGUGCGUUUUAGUGACAGCCCCCACAACUUGUUGCCUCGACAUGACCAGCAGCUGAUCAAAUACAUCAACAAGAAAGGACAAAGCAAGGAUCUCAAUGUGACUCAGCUGCUGCAUGGGUUAUGGAGUGACAUCGCACCGCAGGAAAAUGAAUUAGUUCGGUGGCCCGCCUUAGUGGAGAUUGUGACGUCUUCGGGGAAUGAAUCACACGCGGAAAAGAAUGAGCCACCUCAAAGUUCUGAUGCACCCACCAAGUCGGUGGUUGAUACACACGGUCGCCUUUCCAAGCGAUUCAAGUUGUUGCAGGAAUUCAACUCGGCGAUCUAUUGGAUCUUGCCGUUUGUUGCCUUCCAUGCUCCAAGUGGCGAUACCAGUUUGCCUGAAAGACAAUUUUUGCUGAGCAAUCUCCUGAUGGAGCACAGGCACCGGAUUUUGAGCGUUGUUAAACGCACGGUCUGGGACAGCGCAUUGGGGCGCACAAAUGAAAGCAGUGUGUCAUUUGAGCUGACACUAAACCGACCAAAGGCGAUGCGGUUCCGCACAACAGGGAAAACGGAUACGGAAGGGCGACACACGCUGUUUUCGCAGGCGUUCCGGCAACUACAGGCUCUGGAUGGCACUCACUUUCGGCGCGAGGACGCUUUGUAUCAUGUGACUUUCCUCGGUGAAAACGCGCAAGACGCUGGAGGUCCAUAUCGUGAGACCUUUGCCCAAUACUGUGAGGAACUCCAAAGCACACAGCUUCCGUUAAUGUUGCCCACUCCCAAUUCUCAGCACAACGUUGGAGUUGGUCGCGAGAAGUGGCUACUAAGCCCUGGUGCACAGUCUACGACGGCGCUUCAGAUGCUCGAGUUCCUAGGUAAACUUAUGGGAUCGUCUAUCCGUAGCAAGCAAUACCUUGCGCUGAAUCUGGCGCCGAUUGUCUGGAAAAGACUCGCCGGUGAGCGUCUAGGCCUCGACGACCUGGCAGCUGUAGACUCGAUGCUCGUGAAUUCUAUGUCUAAGAUGCGGACCAUUGACCGCUACGGCGUGACAGAGGAGAUGUUCGAGGAUAUCGUCAUGGAGACUUUCACGACGUUAGGGGCGGAUAAUCGUGUGAUCGAGCUCAAACCGGGAGGUGCCCACCUACCAGUCACAUUCACUUCCAGGUGUGAAUAUGCUGAUCUCGUGGAACAGGCUCGACUACAUGAAAGUGAUGAUCAAGCCCAAGCUAUCUUCCGCGGACUUGCCAAGGUCGUCCCAGCAAAACUGCUCGCAUGCUUCUCAGGUGCUGAGUUGGAGCUCAUGGUGUGCGGAUCGCCGGAAAUUGACGUGGACUUACUUGAGAAAUGCACCGAGUACUCCAGCUGCUCACCUACGGAUGACCACAUCAUUUGGUUUUGGCGAGCUCUGCGAGACUUCUCCCACGAAGAGCGCAGUGCGUUCUUACGCUUCGUCUGGGGACGGUCGCGUCUCCCUGCCAGUGCAGAAGAGUUCCCGCAGCGUUUCAAGCUACAGUCGUUCAAUCAGCAGCGUGCGGGUCGUAGCGUUGACGCCUACAUGCCCGUGGCUCAUACGUGUUUCUUCUCCAUCGAGGUUCCUGCCUAUUCCACUGAGGCUAUUCUACGCGAGAAGCUGCUCUACGCUAUCUACAACUGCCAAGAGAUUGACGGAGAUGGCGACAGCGUGGCAGCUAACCAGCUAGGGUGGGAGGAAUAA